AUGAGUGAAGUCAAAGAAGAAAAAUUCGAUGAUAAAAAGAAAGAAAAGGAUAGACCCUAUAAAUGUCCAAUGUGUGACAAAGCUUUCCACAGAUUAGAACAUCAAACAAGACAUAUAAGAACUCAUACAGGUGAAAAACCUCAUCCUUGUACAUUUCCGGGAUGUCCUAAAAGAUUCAGUCGUUCAGAUGAAUUAACUAGACAUUUAAGAAUACAUAACAAUCCAACAAAUAGGAAAAGGAAAACCAAAAAUCAAGAUAUAGUUUUACAAGAAACCAAUCUUAAUAUGGAUCAACAACAUCAACAAUAUUUACAACAACAUCAACAACAACAACAAUUCCAACAAAUACAAUUACAAGGACAAACCCUUGAACAAUUACCAAUGUUACAGAAUAGUCGAUCAACUCCAAAUUUACAAAUAUCUGCCAAAUCUCCAAAAGAAUUCCAAAAUUCUGUUAUGUUACCGUAUAAUUCCCAAAUCACUUUCCCUGUGGGUGUAGAUAAAGAUGGUCAACCCAUUUAUCAACAAGGAUAUCCUAUUUAUGUCAUUCAACCAAUUAAUAAUUCAAUAUCAGUUUCUAAUCCAAAUAUUCAAGGAUUAAAUAAUAAUAAUAAAUCCAUAUCAAACUUGAAUUUAUCAUCAAAUGCCAAUUCUGUAAAUAAUCAAGAUAAAGCAAUUCACUUACAACAAGGAUCAGCCAUAUUUUCAUUACCAUCAUCACCAACUACCAAAACAUCAUUUUUAUCCAAACUGGAAUCUUCUACAUCAAUAUUCAGUGAUAAUUCUAAUAAUCACUCUUUGAGUACUUCACCAGAUCAAGCCAUUUUACAUAAGAAAUUACCAUCAUUAACCAAUUUGAAUGAAUUGAUAAUCAAGAAAACUCAUGGAGCUAAUAAUUCAUAUAAUAAUUCCAGUUCUAUAACAAGUCCAAAUUUGAGUUCGAAUGCAGAAUUUGGAUCUUUGAAAUCAAAAUCCUCAUCUUAUGGUAAUUUAAAUGCUUUGAAUCCAAUUACAAGAAUGACUCCAAUUAAACCAAGCAGUUCAAUAAAUCAAAGAAUAAUUUCAUACCCAACAACGCCGUCUUCUUCAAUUAAUGGCAAUAGUUAUUUCAAUAUUCCAAAACAAAAUAGCUCAACUUCUUUGAACUUAGAGUUUGUUCAACCAUUAAAGAAAUCAAGACCAAAUUCUCCAUCUCAAAGUUUUGCAAGUUUAACUCCAUUAACUUCAAUUUCUCAAAACCCAAGUUUUAAUAACAAUAAUGCUGGAAUAAUUUCCCCUAAUGAAACCCCUUUGCAAACUCCAACAAUUUCACCCCAUUUACAACCUCAACUGGAUGUUUCAGUUAACAAUAUCGAAACUAAUCCAAAUUCAAUUGCCAAUAGUGGUACACAAUUACCACCAAUUAGGUCAGUUUUCAGCUUCCCCAAAUAA